GCUCCAGCGACAGACCCUCCAGUGACAGACGCUCCAGCGACAGACGCUCCAGCAGACGCUCCAGCAAAGAGCAUUCAGCGUCGCCGUUAUAACCCCAAGGGCAGGAAGACAAGAGCUGGAUCAAGCUUUGAAGGAGUUGAACCUGAGAAUUUCUCAUGGACAACGGGCGACCCACAUGAAUGGCCAUGGCCUACGUACGAGCUGCCCAACGGCGGUGCCCUCAUGGCUGAGAAAACCACUAAUAGGAUGGAUUCAUCUAAAAAUCCUAUAAGCUACUAUCUAGUAGAAUUAAAAGUGGAAGUCGAAGGUCUGGGGGUACUCUAUCAACACAAGUUGGUUAGGUAUAGCGACUUCCCUGGAGAAAUCGAUGCUUGGAAGGAGGCAGCUGGUGAGGAAAGAUGCAAAUUUGCGGCCACGGACGAACCUGACUCUAAAGAAAAGCUGCGGAAUGGCAAAUCCUAUGGAUUCGAGAGACUAGAUUUUAUUGCGUCUCUGACGCCAGGAAGCAAGGACCCAACAAAGGGGUCUCAAAAGAGGCCAGAAACCGAGUGUAUCGUUGCGGUUAAAGGGCACGAAAAACCCAUAUUUUUAACUAUGGGAGAGUUCUUCCGAAUGGUUGGUAAGAGAAAAGCAGAGAGUUUGAUUAUCUUUGUUUGCAACAGAGACGGGAUGUCUUUGCCAGGCAAAACCGAAGCAAGAAGGAUAUCGUAUAUGAAUCCAGCAUGCCCAGAUAAUACGGAAAGCCUGGAAUUCCGGGAAAAAAAUAAAACGAUCCCGGCACAAGCUGUAAUUCAACAGUCGGAAACAGCGGUCCAUGAUGAGUACCUGAAACGAACCGUGAGGGAAAUGUUGGCUGUCGAGAAGGAAAGGGUGGAUGUACGUUUUCAGAAGAUCGAAAGCGACGUCUACGGAGUCAAGAGCACCCUUCACGCACACGGAGGCUAUUUACAGAGUAUCCUUAGCCUACUCCAAGAGAAUCUGCCAAAUAAAAACCCAGACACUCAACCUCGAGAUACUAUUCCUGUUGGAAGAAAACUGAUGGAUGUGCUUCAAGGUUCGGGAAACAGCCGACAAUCGGAAAGAGAGCAAACCCUGCCACCUUACACCUCUCCGAGCCCAGAGGUAGCCCAGCAGCAAGUACAGCGUUCCAUUGAGGUAUGA